AUGUCGCUAUUCAGCGGCUCCACUGGCAAGGCAUCGUCCGCCAGCAGCGUCUACAGCGACGACACCCCACACUACACACGAACUCUUGCUGUCACCACAUCAGCCCCCUCUGGCAGCUACAAGGCGAACGUGCGACCUGGAGGCGGCCGUGGUGGCGCUGGGUACUACAACAAGGCCAAGUCGCCCAAGGCUCCAAAAGCGUCGCUGGCCAACGAGGAGUGGGACGACUCGGCUGUGCUCCACAAAGACCAGCUGCUUACUCCACAGCUUACUACUUCGUUCCGCAAACUUGGCAAGAAGAAAAUGCAAGGCUCCAUCCACAGCAACGAAACUGCGCGCGAGCAAGGACGCCCCUCUACACCACUGCCAGAAGGCAUGUACCCCAUCGGCGUGAGCUUUUUGGACAUGGGGGGCUAG